AUGUCGGACGAGGGCAUCAGAUCUGGGGAAGUAAUAGGAGAGCUCUGCAAUGUUCUCACACAAUUCCACCAGAAAGUGCACGCCAACUUCAACUGCUGUGUAUGGCACGCCCAUGAAUUCCUCCUGGAUUCGGCGAACUCAAAUGUGAUAGUGGCAGACAGCUUGAAUGGAAGUCCACAUGGGGCAUAUCGAUGGAGACCGAGGAGCUGUACGUCGCAUGAUUGGCUGAUACAGUUUCUCACGUCUACCAGCACGCUGCAGAUCAGUCAAGAGCGAUCCCUUGACACUUUACAACAUUCUGGUCACAGUCAGGCCUUGGGCUUGCAGUGCAGCUCAUGCGCGAGUUUAAGACGUCAGCAGCUCGAGAGCGACAGGACUAUCAGCGAGUUGAACAAGAAGUUGCUGCUGAUUGAGAACGAACGAACGAAGUCUCAAGAAGCUCUCGCUCGAUCGGAGGAGGAAAAAACUGCAUUGAAGAAAGAAGUUUCCAUCCUAAAGUCCAAGGUCUUGUCUGAUUCAAAGGCGAAACAUACUCUUGCUGAGAAAAAUGGUAGCGAUUGGAAACAACAAGACCUUGCUGCCAACAUGGGAGAUUGGAUGAACUUGCGCAAGGAAGCAGAGCUGGUCAUCGACGGCAUCAAGCAUGAACGACAGCAGCAGCACCAGCUACAUCAUGAUGGAGAUGCUGUCCAAGAGCUGAUGGCAAGGAUGAAAAUGAUGGAAGCGGAGCACAACCAAAGGAUUGCUGAGCUCAAGUUGCAGUUGGAAGGGAACGAGAAGCAAGUCAAGAACGUUGUCAAGUAUGCCAUCAGACUGUGCACAGAUGCUGCGAGAUGCAGCAAAGACUCACUCGCUGUGCUGAGGAACAUCGUGAAGGAGCUCAUUCCCGAUGAUUACGACAGCAUGUACUACGGCAACUUGAUGAAUUCGAAUGUCCAUCUCCACAAUGUUGAGACGUGGUCAAGAUCCAAGGCCAUGAUCUCCCAAGUCGUCAGCUCCACCAUCGAGAACAAGAACACAGUCCUCGUGGUGCAGGAGACGCUCGUCUCGCUGCUCAGACCCUCCGAGGAUGUAGAAGUCGCUUCCUCCAAGAAGUUCCUGUAUCCUCAGGCUGACAUGGCGAAGCCGCAUGAUCCCUCGCUCUCGUUCGGCAUGCAGUCCAUUGAGAUCACACCUCCCUCUGGCUUCGCGGUCUCUCGAGCUCUUGAUGGAGGAUUGAAGGUCAAGACUGAAGGGAGGAGGCAGCAUUCAGCCCUCCCUCCGACACGGUUCCACAUGGCAGAGGAUGCGAUCUUCGAGGAAUUGGAGGGUGCGAAGGAGCAAAGAGACAGGGCAGCAUCAAGGAGGAAGGCACCUGCUCCUUCAGACACUCACGAUGCCUCUCUCAGUCCCUACGACCCCACGACAAGUUGGAGGGGAGGAGCUCUCCAGCAAGAGACCAGCUCCACUGGUCACCCUGCCUGGGAUCAGAGAAGCUAUGGGGACGAGUCCGCGUCGUCGCAGCCCAUCUCAUCGUUGACAGUCGGCAGGGUCCAGGAGGCAACCUCACGGACGAGCGCAGGAGGAGGAGGAGGAGGAGGAGAGCAGGAACGCGAGCGGGUGAUGGGCGAGGUUGAAACGAGCGGAGGUGAGGCGAUGGCGGGCACAGGAGUGAGGGCUUCUACUGCACGGCAGAUCAUGAAGGCCCUAAGCUCAGGGAAGAACUUCACAGUGAAGACUCAACGGGCGGCAGGCUACGACGAUCUAACGUUGUUGUAA